CUCCGAUCGAAGACUGGGAACACUUACACGUAGCCUCGGUCACGACAGGCUCUGAUUGCGACCGCGUACGUCUCCCACGGUGCAUCCCUCCUCGCAUAUCCGGGCAACGAAAAGCGGAUCGAAGGAGAAACCAUGGCUCCCCUCCGCAUAACAUUACGGGGCUGGGGGUAACCCCGGCCCAUUCUCGCCCGUGUGAGUGACCGUGUGCGUGUGGUUUUCCCCCGGCUGCAACUUCGGGUUGGGCCGUCUCCAUGCGGAAACGACAGCGGAAGAAGAAUCUCCACGUCUCCAGGAUAUGAGGCCAUUGCUGCUCACCUGGGCCAUCCUCAUCCUCACGAUCAGCAAUGUGAACCUCAGCGGUGAGUUGCCAUUCCGUGUCGACCUUGUCGAUCGCACAACGGACCCUCAUGAAAAAUGCAGAAUGCAAAAUGCGCGAUCCGAGUUAUUCUAGUGCUGACGUCCGUGCUGGUUUUUGUACCCGUCAUCGAUCUCGGAUGACCCUGGAAUGUAAGGCAAAUAAUCUGAAUGACUCGAAAUUGGCAGGUGCGACGCGAAAGUUGUGCCAUUCGUACGGCGUUCAUUCACGUUUUUUAUAUGCGCAUUUGCAAUGCGAGCAGAAGGAGAUUUUCCAAGUUCGACCGGUAAGGAAAUGAGGCUGUUGAACUAAUUUUUUUUUUCAUUUGAGUACUUACUGAGGUAUCUCUGAGGUACUUACCGGUCAGUUUAUUUUCAAGGAAUAUCAGACUCGCGAUAGGCGUUAUAGCUCUGAUUCGAAAUGGACCAACAUUCUCACGACUUUCUUUCUUUAAUUCGUUUUCUGGCCUGAUAUAAGGAGGGGCUGGGAAAUCUUGCUAUUUUAACAUUGAGUCAAUGGAGUCAACUAUUGUUCUAGCUACGAUUAGCAGGUGGCUGUAACAUCAAUAUGGCUGGAUCCACGGGUUUCAUCGUGUAUUACGUUUCCUGGUUUCACCGAUUUCUAUUUGGAUUCCUGAAGACGAUCUCCUUUCGAGAGGGCGAAUAUAUCAAUAUUUCCAGUUUGAGCAUUUCGAGCAAUUUUCUUCCCCUGAAUGCAAAUGCAACAAUUCUAUGUUGAGAACGGCUGAGAAACGAUACCGUCGGGGACGAAGGCAGGACGCGGAGACGAACAGACGAUUUCCCACAUAUUUCCCCUAACGAGUGGCGUGUGAUUCCCGAGAGAUAGCCAGGUCAGAGCCCGAGAAAGGCUGGUCGGAAUGGAAGGAGGGCGCUUGCAGUGCUACAUGCGGCGGGGGCCAGAAACAACUGAGUCGCUGGUGUCUCGACCAAGCGAAGGACUGCAAAGGAGACGAAGUCAUCCACAUCCCGUGCAACGAGCAACCGUGCCAGACCGAUUGGUCGGACUGGAGCGAUUGCAGCGAGAAGUGUGUGGAUGGGUACAAGGAGAGGCGCGCGCUUUGUGGGGAGAAUGGGGAGGAGUGUCCGGGCGAGCGGGUUCAACGGGAGCCUUGUAACGAAUAUGCCAAGCAUAAGGCGGAAUGCGGGAACGCGUGCGACCUGCUUCACAUGAGCCACGCGUGCCCGGUUCGGUCCCAGUGUCGGGACGUGAGCAACGAAACGAGGGCGAUUGCGAUGUGCAUCUGCGACGAUGGAUAUGCGAUGAAUGACGAGGGGACCGCCUGCGUCAAGCCCGUCCAGGGAGGCUGGUCGAACUGGCUGGAAACGAACGAAGCCUGCAGCGCCACUUGCGGUCCCAACGGUCGAAAGCGAACGAUACGAAAAUGCAACAACCCCGCCCCGGUCCCACCGUACGACCCGAACGUGCAAUGCCGAGGAAGCGACUACAAACUCGUUCCCUGCAACCAAGACCCCUGCCCGAAUGCCUGCGACUUCCUGAAAAUGCGAGAGAAGUGCCCCGCGCACUCGGAGUGCGUGGACGUGAGCAAAGACGCGAAUCUCACGACGGAAUGUCGCUGUCUAACGGGCUACAUCAUGAAGGAAAACGUCUGCACCCGCGGGGCAGCAGGCGACUGGAGCGACUGGGGAACCUUCAAAUCACCCUGCAGCGCGGAAUGCGACGGAGGCACCCAGACCGUGUUCCGCACCUGCACCAAUCCCGUCCCCGAUCCUCCGGGUGAUCCCAGCCUUCAGUGCCAGGGGAACAACUCCAUCGUGCAACCCUGCAACCCUCAACCCUGUGGUAACAAUACGUGGUCGGAAUGGAGCAACUGCACCAGCAGGUGCCUGGAUGGCCUGAGAGAGAAACACACGAUGUGCGGGAACGCGACGAACAUGCAGAUCUGCAGAGGGAACCAGCUCCAGAUCCAGCGGGAGAUCUGCAACGAGUACUGGAAAAACAAGGUCGAAUGCGGAAGGAAGAUAAAACUCAUUAUCAAGUAUCGACCAACCGGCUCGCUCCUGCNCCACCACCUCCCCCCCCUCCACCACCUCCACCCCCUCCACCACCUCCACCACCUCCACCACCUCCACCACCUCCACCACCCCCACCACCUCCACCACCCCCACCACCCCCACCACCCGACCGAAAGCACAAAGUGACUAGGGUGACGCAGAUGGCGAUGCCCCAGCCGACGAGGACGUUCUGGAACCGACUGAGGAGCCCGUCCUUACGAACCACGAGAGGAACUCACAACAUCCGAGGAAGCCUGCGAGGGAAAGAGCAGGCAGACGUGGGCGAGGGCCAGCGCGAUCUCCAUGUUCAUCUGGAUGACCCGGUCGGUGGUGAACACCCGGAGGAAGAGGAAGAGGAUGAGGGUGGCGCCGACGAAGAAGAGGAGGACGGUGGAGGUGGUGGAGGUGGUGGAGGUGGUGGGGUGGGUAAGUGGAGGCGGUCGUUCUGCAUUCCGUCGAGAUGA